AUGGGUCGCAAGGCGGCACCACAGCCGCUGGCACUUUCGUCUCAGUCUUCACCCCAAACUCAAGCCCAAGCCCAAUCCGAUUCCGACGCUGCUUUACGCAACAAAGACAGCCCACUAACUGCUGAAACCGUUUCCCCGGGUGCAUCGCCAGUCGAGUCCAAAUCGCCCCGUUCUCCCCGCUCCUCUCCUUUCCACAGUCGAUUCUCACCCUUGAGAAAUCAGGCUGGAAAGCAAAAGAACAAGAACUUAUCACACACGACUGCAGCAUUGGCAGCUGUAACCAUAGAAGGAGAAUCGUCACCCUCAUCGUCCACGCCAGCGUCAGCAUCAGCAUCAGCAUCAGCGCCUGCGACUGCACAACGACCAUCGACUUCCGCAGCGUCGACCGAACGGAGCAGCAGAGAAGAGUCCACUCCACGACCACCCUUGCGACAUACGCGCGAGGACCCCUCGACUUAUCCUUCCAUCUCAUCUACGUUAGAAGAGCGACUACCUGACCCACCCGCGACAACUGCAACUUCUUCGCAGCCCCAAGUACGACCACCUACCUCGGGCGGACAGAAGAAGGGUUCCAAGAACGGCUUCUUCAACUUUAACAAACAAUCCAAGGCUUCCAACCAAUCUCAGCCCUAUGUCCACCGUCGCAAGCAGACAGAGACAAGAGCCCAGGUAACGUCGAGGGGUAGUGACGGAACUAAUCGACCAAGACAAGGAGAGAAAUCCGAUUCUGCGUACCCCGAUCACACUCUUCACAAACCUAAUUCUGCCGAUCCUUUACGAAGCGACUUAUCUUUAUCAUCUGCUGGUGAUUACGAGGCUGCUUCACCACACUCUUCAGUGAGGAAAGGCAGAUCUAAACCUUUUGGCAUUUUGAAUCGCAGCCGGUCCAAUCGCGACAAGGAGGACGGUAGCCCUGAGCCGAAACCCUUCAAUUCCCCUCGCCAGGGCAACGAGCCUGAACUGCAUCUUAAUUCUGUACCAUACAAAGCCGGAAACCAAGGCAGUGAUCGGUCACUUCGAGACAUGAUGAAUUCUGCAGUCCGCAAUCGAUCUGAGGACCGCGCGCCGCGAGACACAUCUUCAACAAGAAGAGCACAACAAAACAAGGAACCAAAAACCCAGCCAUCCUCCCUAAACGAGAACGGGGGCUCUUUCUUCAAUGGCCUGAAGAGCUCGGGAACUCGCGCCGCUGGCAUGCUAAGCGAUCGCUUCUUCAAGAGUGGGCGAGGUGGUCGAGAAGAUAAGGACGCUUUGGAUGACGAGCACUAUCAGCUCAAGGUCAUCAACUUACCACUAGUUGAACAAACACGAUUGACACGAAUUUCGAAGCGCCUUGAGGACUCAAGGGAUAAGACGGAAUUCUGGAUGCCCGCCUUUCCAUGGAGAGCCAUCGACUAUCUGAACUAUAAGGGAUGUGAAGUUGAAGGUCUUUACCGUGUUCCAGGCAGCGGCCCCCAGAUCAAGAAGUGGCAACGCAAAUUUGAUGAGCAGUAUGAUGUGAAUCUUUUCAAUGAGCGUGACUUAUACGAUAUUAACAUCAUUGGCUCGAUGCUCAAGGCAUGGUUGCGAGAGCUCCCCGAUGAGCUGUUCCCAAAAGCGGCACAAGACCGAAUUGCAAAGGAGUGCGCAGGUUCGGAAGAAGUCCCCGAGCUUCUCAUUGAAGAGCUCUCAAACCUCUCCCCUUUCAAUUAUUAUCUUCUUUUUGCCAUCACAUGCCACCUCAGUCUUCUCUUGGCUCAUUCAGACAAAAACAAGAUGGAUUUUAGGAAUCUUUGCAUCUGCUUUCAGCCUUGUAUGAAGAUUGACGCAUUUUGCUUCAAAUUCUUGGUAUGCGAUUGGCGUGAUUGCUGGAGAGGUUGCAAGAAUGAGGCCAAAUUCAUCGAGGAGGAAUACGUGAUCUUUGAUCAGCCUCCGCCACGAGGUCUAGCGGAACCGACAAAGCCAAGACCCCAAGAAGAGUCGGAGGAUGAUCGGCAGCAUCUUUCCUCCUCAGGGAGCAGCAAACAGUCAGACCGCCAUAGCCCAGGCAAUCAGAGCUCAAAGCUGAAGAAAAAACAGCUCCAGAUAUCCCCCUCGAGUGGAAGCGUCACCUCGACCAACUCAUCUGCCCCAGCCACCUUGAAUGCCAACACCAACAACGAUCACGAGGUAGAAAGUCGCUCGAGCGAAAUUCGACCGUUAUCGCCUAUCAUGCCUCUAUCGCCCCUCGGCUUUUGA